GAGAGUGAGACGAGUGGACGGACUGUCGUGGUGCGGGGCCAGCGGGCGGGCCCGGCUGCCCCCCGCGAUGCAGGGGGGGGACCCCGCCGACUCAGAGUGCGAGGCCGCGGACGAUGGGGCCAAGGGGGCGAUGGCGCCGCCUGCCAUCGACUUCCCGGCCGAGGGCUCGGACCCCAAGUACGACGAGUCUGAUGUUCCGGCCGAACUGCAGGUGCUGACAGGGCCCCUCCAGCAGCCCACAUUCCCUUUCGCAGUUGCCAACCAGCUGCUGCUGGUGUCUCUGCUGGAGCACCUGAGCCAUGUACAUGAGCCCAAUCCACUGCGCUCCAGAGAGGUGUUUAAAUUGCUCUGUCAGACCUUCAUCAAGAUGGGACUGCUGUCGUCUUUCUCCUGCAGUGAUGAGUUCAGUUCCCUACGACUGCAUCACAACCAGGCCAUCACCCACCUGAUGCGCUCAGCCAAGGAGCGAGUGCGCCAGGAUCCUUGUGAAGAUAAUUAUGUCCAGAAGACCAGGUUCAGGGAAAUAGCACUUGAGGCCCAAACAUCCCGCUACUUGAAUGAGUUUGAAGAAGUCUCCAUCCUAGGCAAAGGAGGCUACGGGCGUGUGUACAAGGUCCGGAAUAAAUUAGAUGGUCAGUAUUAUGCAAUCAAGAAAAUCCUGAUAAAGGGUGCAUCGAAAAGAGAUUGUAUGAAGGUGCUGCGGGAAGUGAAGGUACUGGCGGGGCUCCAGCACCCCAAUAUCGUGGGCUACCAUACUGCCUGGAUCGAGCAUGUGCAUGUCGCCUCGAUGAAUGGGAGAACCUCUUUUCAGCUGCCAUCCUUGGAAGUCAUCUCUGAGCCAAGAACUGGGCCGGAGCUGUGGGAUGAGUAUGAUGCUGAGAAAGCCAGAAGUAGCAGUAGUGGUUCCUCUAUCAUCUUCGCUGACCCCUCCUCAGAAAGAGAGCAACAGCCUUUUGGGGGUGACCUGGUAGCUCCCAAUAAUAGACUGGCGAACUAUGUGCCCCGCCACGUAGCCAAGUCAUCUCCAGGGCACCCAGACAGCGAUUUGUCGUCUAGCUCGAUGGUUGGGCCUGGGCUGCCAGCGCCACUUGACUCUGACACCGAGGAUGAUUUCACAGCCACUUCCAGCGAGGAGUCCUCGGGAGAGAACCGGAACUUGUUGGGCCAGACAGAGAUGUGUCAGGUGCAGUACCACCUGAUGCUCCACAUCCAGAUGCAAUUGUGCAAGCGUUCACUGUGGGACUGGAUCGUGGAGAGAAACACACGGGAUCGGGAGUGCAUGGACGAAGCAUCUUGUAAGAAUCCUCUGCGCCGCUGCUCCGGUCCUUAUGUGAUGGCCAGUGUUGCAAUGAAAAUCUUUCAGGAGUUGGUGGAAGGUGUAUUUUACAUACACAGCAUGGGGAUUGUGCACAGAGACCUAAAGCCCAGGAACAUUUUCCUUCACGGUCCUGACCAGCAAGUGAAAAUUGGAGACUUUGGCCUGGCCUGCACGGACCUCAUCCAGAGGAACUCAGACUGGACCACUGCUGAGGGGGAGAGGAUGCCAGCUCAUACUUCCAGAGUGGGGACCUGCCUCUACGCAUCACCCGAGCAGUUGGAAGGGUCUGAGUACGAUGCCAAGUCAGACAUGUAUAGCCUGGGUGUCAUUCUGCUGGAGCUCUUCCAACCCUUUGAGACGGAGAUGGAGCGGGCGCACGUGCUGACUCGGGCAAGAGUGGGGCAGCUGCCUGAAACCCUGGGCAGGAGGUGCCCUGUGCAAGCCAAGUAUAUCCAGCAGCUGACGAAGCGGAACUCGUCCCAGCGGCCAUCUGCUGAACAGCUGCUGCAGAGCCAACUCUUCCAGACCCCUAGCAACGUGCGUAUGGCUGACGCCACCUUCCCGGCCCCUUUCGGGGACACCUUUGAUGGAGCUUAGGUGAAGGUGUCUGAAAAGAAGGUGGCAGUGCUCUUGGCUUUGUUGGCCCACGGAGCAGGACAGUCCUUCCAUAGUGCCCUAAGGACCUGGUUGCAACUUCUGGCCAAGUUAGAGGGUUCUUGAAUCUUUCCUGCUCUGGCCUCUCACCUCUUACAUGUCGUGACAGACUUGGGUGAGGACCACUGUCAUCUCUGAGCUGGCCCUGGGCAAUCAGGUUGUAGAGUAGAUUGGCAGUGUGGGGGCUCUGGUCUGUCCUGCUGGGGUGGGCGUGGUGCAGGCCUCACUCCCCCCAUUUCCACUCCUUCACCU